AUGAGUAAUACAGGAAAUAGUUUACCACCUUUUAUUAUUAAAUUAAUCAAUAUGUUAGAGGACCGUAACAACAGUAAGCUUAUUCAAUGGUCAGAUGAUGGAACUGCUAUUGUUAUCAUGGAGCCAGCUGAAUUUGCUUCUUUUGUUCUACCGAGACAUUUUAAACACACGAACCUUAAUUCUUUUAUUAGACAGCUAAAUAAGUAUAAUUUCCAUAAGAGAAAAUCUAGUGAUCAGAUAAGACUUUGUUAUGGAGAAGAUAUGUGGAUUUUUGCAAAUCCUUAUUUUAUAAGAAAUAGACCUGACUUAAUAUCACAGAUUACUAGAAAGAAAACUGCCCAGGAAUGUAAAUCAGUAGGAUAUUCAUUUAAUGAAAUAAGUACACAACAGUUAGAUGAUGAUUCAGAUAAUGAGUCUCUUAAUGAACAAAAUAUAAUAAGUAUCUUUCAUUCUUAUGUUAUUAAUUUUGCCAGAAAGAGUACUAAAUAUUUUGAUUGUUUAAUUGAUGAAAUGACUCAAAUCAAAAGAACAAUAUCUGAUAUGUCAGAGAGACAGAAUAAGUUACAGAAAAUGGUAUUAUUGGCCCAGGGAUUUCCAUACUACAAAGUAUUAAUAGCUGAGGAUAAUUCAAAAUGUUCAUUAAUUGCUUAUAAGUCAGCCCAGUCAUACGGGUUCGAGCCCGUUAUAGUGGAUAAUAUUAGAAAUUUAUUUUCAAAUUUCAAAACUGGUUCAUUUGAAUUGAUAAUAUUAAGUGCUAAACUACCAAAUAUUAACAAAAUUAUUGAAAAGAUUAGAAUAGAAAAUAGCCAAAUACCAAUUAUUCUUACCUGUAGUGAAGAACAUAAUUCUAAUGAUAUAUUUACAGUAUUUAAAGGUAUCAAUGGUGUUAUUUAUAAACCUUAUGCAGCUGAAGAAUUAUUUCAAACUAUCAAACGUGUGAUUACAAGUUUUAUGGCAUAUGAAAAUUCUAAUAUUGAUAAAAAUAUUCCAAAAGAGGCAAAAUCGUUUUAUUAUGAACAAUAA